UCCAUUCUAACUUUUCUUUCAUUAUAUUUCUUCGUUAGUUUCAGAUACACACCAAAACACACACCACCCCUAACCAUGAAGUUCCUUGUGCUGACGCUGACGCUGGUGCUAACGGCCGCGCUGGGGUGUCAGGACGUGCUGAAGGUGUGUGCUGACAUUGCUGAGGACGAGGUGGGGAGCAAGGCGUGGGGGUACGGAGGGAUUGACGGGCCGGAGAGCUGGCGAGCGCGCUUCCCAACCUGCGGAGGCGUUAACCAGUCCCCGGUGGCGCUUGUAACCAUGGAGGCGCUCAGUAACGCCACCUUAGAGCCUCUCAAGUUCGUAAAUUAUGACUACGUGCCCGGGAACACCUUCGUAACUAACACAGGACACGGCGUGGAGGUGAGACAGGCGUGCGGGGCGUCAGUAUCCGGCGGGAACCUCACGGGGAGUUACACCUUCGCGGGGUUUCAUUUCCACUGGGGCGCGAAUGUCACCUCAGGCUCGGAGCACACGAUAGAUGGCGCUGCGUCCCCGGCGGAGCUCCACCUGGUUCACUAUCGUCACGGAAGUAUGGGGAAAGCGAUGCACCAGGCCCGAGGAAUAGCCGUUCUUAGCGUCAUGUUCAACGUAUCGCCGGAGGACAACCCACUCCUUCAGCCCAUCGUUAGAAGCCUCGCGGAGAUCACCCAGCCGGAGAAGGUGACCACGACUUCGAUGCCUCUAGCGCUCAACGAUGUCUUGCCGGAGAACUUGGACGACUUUUUCCGCUACGAAGGCUCGCUAACGACGCCGGGCUGUAACGAAGUGGUGGUCUGGACGGUGUUUCGCGACCCGGUCAGUAUUUCCAGCUCUCAGUUGCAGGCUUUCCGGCAGCUGGUCUCGGCUGACGGUACGCCCCUACAGAAUAACUUCAGACCUCUUCAACCUCUCCUCGGACGCCCUGUGUACCGCUCCUGGGCGUGACGCGUAUAAGACAAGUAUAGUACAGGUUCGUGACGCUGAGAGGAACGGUUUCUUCCCACGCAUGGCAAUAAUGGUUUAGUUACGACUGUUGAUAUAUUUUACUCUUUAAUAUUG